AUGAAAUCUUUAUUCAUAUUGUGGCCAUUUGCUUCGAUUAUUACCAUUGUUCAAUGUAUACCACAACCACAACCAAUAUCGACAAUUGUAAACACCGGAUCAUCAGCUGUAGCUAGAUCUGAAGAUGGCCAUGGUAAUUAUGCAUUCGGUUAUAAUGAAAAUCAUGCAACCGGUGGCAGUUUUCGAAAAGAAAAAGGUGCACCCGGUAUUCAAAUUGGUUCAUAUGGUCUACGUGCUGCUGAUGGCCGUAUGCGUAUCGUUAACUAUGUGGCAGAUGUGAAUGGUUUUCGUGCUUCAGUUGAAACAAAUGAACCUGGAACAACAGUCGAUUCAAAACAGAUGCAACCAGCUGCAUUGAAUAUCAUUAAUGGUCAUACUGUUGUUGGUGAUGGCCAUGGCACGAUUUCCCGACAUGAUGGUACGUUUUCCUAUUCAACUUCAACUGCCCAUAUUGCUUCGGCUUUAUCAAAUGUUUAUGCAUCACCUUCAUCCAAUUAUGCUAUUUCAACAGCUCAUCCAGUUGCUCCAAAUGUUUAUCCAGCAUUACCAUCAUAUGGUAAUCAACAACAUCAUCAUCAUUCAUCUGGUGGUGGCUAUAAUUCGGUUCCAAUGUCAUAUUCAACAUCAACAACACAUGUAGCUCCAGCUUAUCUACCACAGAAAGAUGCUUAUUCCCAUGGAUUGCCUGCUUAUCCUGCUCUAUUACCACCACCACCACCACCAACAGUACCCGCAUUAGCACCAGCACAACCGGUUGCUUCAGUACCAAUUUUAGCCAAAAAUGAUUAUCCAACUUCUAAUUAUAUUGCUGAAACAAAUUUUCAAUCAUCCGGUCAUGGACCGAUUGUGGAGAAAGUAAUACGACCUGUAGAAACUGCAAUUUCUACAGCACCGGCAACUAUUUCCGCACCAAAUGGUCUAUCAAUUCCAUUAUCGAUAUCAAUACAUACUUUAGGUAAUGGAUUAUUCCGUAAAUCCUAUUAAAUUUAUGGCAUUUCCACAAAACAAAACAAAUUUUUAUUUAAAAUUUCCACAAAAUAAUUGAAAUUACACUCAAAAUUUGAAAUUCAAAUCAAUUAAUCAUGUUGAAAAGAAAACUUUUGGAUGCAAAAUUCAAUAAUGCCUGUGCACCAUCACGUAACAUUCCAUCAUCAUCAUCAUUGCUAUGAUCAUCAUCAUUGACAUAUCGAUUAUCUAUUUCCAUAAUCGAUUUUUGAUUCGAAAUUUUUAUAUCAUUUUCAUUAUUAUUUCUAUUAUUAUUUUGAUCCAAAACUUCUGUCAUGUUAUCAGCCGUCAAUAAUUUUUUGUCAUUUUGUUGUUUUACCAUGGUUAUAGCAUUGGUCGUUGUCGUUGCUUUGUUUGUUAUCGAACAACAUUUCCAAAAAUUAUUAUUCGAUUCAUCCAUUGUUUGAUGAUGAUGAUGAUGGCUAUUAUCAUUUUUCAUCAU